AUGGAUCCCCACAAUCGCCUUCACCUCCCUACACACAACCGCCUCCCCAGUCACCACGCUUGGCAGGUGCAGGAGCAGAACAUCGAGCCUCUCCCCAGACCACCUUUUGAUGCCGUCCUCCAGGUAUUCCGGUAUUGUGAUGGCGAAAGCUUGAACGAAUGCGCCGAUGGCAGCGCGGUCGGCACUGUAUGCGGGUUCCACUGGCCUUCAUCAGCUAGCGAUUGUCAAGGUUUCCAAAAGUGCUUGGACUCACUCGUGCGCAUCAUUGCUGACGAUCGCGCUGCUCUGGGUACAAUCGUCCAAACCAUCAACCUCACGGUCCCUGAAUACCCUGUGGAUUACGAGGACGAGAGACAGUCUGGUAAGAUGCUCGACGUCCUCCUGCAUAUCCCCAACCUGCGCAACUUAACGGCGCUCUACAUCAGCCUCGACGAAUGGCCUUUCUCGAAGUUGACAAUUCUCCCCAACCCCUCGAAACUCAUGUCACUCACUCUCAACAUCGUGUACGACUACCCAGCGCUCCUUGCGUUCCUGCGCGCGUGCCCGUUUCUGGAGUACCUGGCCAUUGGAAUGGUGCAGGACAAGAACGGGGAAACCCCAGAAGUGAUUCCACCAGACGUGAUUCCAUGUCCGCGCAGCGUCUACUGCGGCUCCGAUUCUUCUACUUCUGCGUCCUCGCGGACGGCGCAUCGAGCAUAUCAACAUCGUGGGAUGUGA